ACGCGGAAGUUCCAGCCUGGAAGUGAGAACUGGCAGCUCGGUCAGUGUUAGAGGGGACAGCAAGAUGGCGACACAGACACACACCUCCUUGGAUGCUAAACUGGAGCUGGCCGUCAGCGACUGGCUGAAAUGGGACAAGAAUCCCAAAACAUCCGACUUAGUCAAACAGUUGGUGGCCGAUGGAAAAAUAGAAGAGCUGCAGUCAUGUUUCAGUUCACGAAUGGAGUUUGGGACUGCCGGACUUCGUGCAGCAAUGGGCCCAGGGGUUUCACAGAUGAAUGAUUUGACCAUUAUUCAGACCACUCAGGGAUUUUGCAGGUAUCUUGAGAAAAAUAUUGCAGAUCUCAAAGAAAGAGGUGUAGUGAUUGGUUAUGAUGCGCGUGCUCAUCCUUCAAGUGGCGGAAGCAGUAAGAGGUUUGCAAGACUUGCUGCCACAACCUUUAUCAGCCAGGGGAUCCCAGUGUAUCUUUUUUCAAGUAUAACACCUACUCCUUUUGUGCCUUACACCGUGUCUCACCUUAAACUAUGUGCUGGAAUCAUGGUUACUGCAUCUCAUAACCCAAAGCAAGACAAUGGAUACAAGGUUUAUUGGGAGAAUGGAGCUCAGAUCAUACCUCCUCAUGACAAAGGCAUUGCAAAGUUUAUUGAGGAGAACCUGGCGCCAUGGCCCAAAGCCUGGGAUAAUAAUGUAAUUGAUGGCAAUUCCCUUCUCCACGACCCCUUUGAGUCUAUUAAUAAGGAUUAUUUUGAGGAAAUCCAGAAGUAUUGUUUCCACAGAUCCAUUAACAAGGAUUCCAAAUUAAAAUUUGUACACACCUCUGUACAUGGAGUUGGCCAUGUGUUUGUACAAUCAGCCUUCAAAGCUUUCAGCUUCAGCACUCCUCUCGCUGUCCCAGAACAGAAAGACCCAGAUCCUGAAUUUCCUACUGUGAAGUAUCCCAAUCCUGAAGAGGGUAAAGGUGUUUUGAAAUUAUCUUUUUCAUUGGCUGAUAAAGAAGGGUCCAAGGUCAUACUUGCCAAUGAUCCAGAUGCUGAUCGGCUAGCAGUUGCUGAAAAACAGGAGAGUGGCGAGUGGAAGGUGUUCUCUGGCAAUGAACUUGGGGCCCUUUUAGGCUGGUGGCUUUUCACCUGCUGGAAGGAGAAGAAUCCAGAACCCGAGGCAGUUAAAAGCAUGUACAUGCUUGCUAGCACAGUAUCCUCAAAAAUCCUCCGGGCUAUUGCAGUGAAGGAAGGUUUCCACUUUGAGGAAACAUUGACGGGAUUUAAAUGGAUGGGGAACAGAGCUUACCAACUGAUUGAACAAGGGAAAUCUGUCCAAUUUGCUUUCGAAGAAGCAAUAGGUUAUAUGUGCUGCCCUUUUGUCUUGGACAAAGAUGGAGUAAGUGCCGCUGUGAUAGCCGCAGAAAUGACCAGCUAUUUGGCAACAAAAAAUGUCACUCUGUCACAGCAGCUGACCGCUAUUUUUAAUAAAUACGGGUAUCACAUUAGCAAGAAUUCUUAUUUCAUAUGUUAUGAUCAAGAAACAAUAAGAAAUCUAUUUGAAAACCUGCGAAAUUAUGACGGACACAACUCGUAUCCAAAGAAGUGCGGUACGUUUGAGGUUACAGGAGUGCGUGACCUGACAACAGGCUAUGACGACAACCAACCUAACAAUACAGCUAUUCUGCCAACCAGUAAGAGCAGCCAAAUGAUCACCUUUACCUUUGCUAACGGAGGAGUAGCCACCAUGAGAACCAGUGGAACAGAACCAAAAAUUAAAUAUUAUACAGAACUCUGUGCGGCCCCGGGAAAUAGUGACUUGGAUCAGCUGAAGAAGGAAUUGGAUGACCUUGUUGCUGCCAUUGAAGAAUAUUUCUUCCAGCCAGAAAAAAAUAAACUACAACGAAAAACUGAGUGAAGAUUUUACAACACACGUUACACAUGGUUUAAAUUAAAUUCUGGAACAUUGCAGUUUGUAUUCAUUAAUCUGUGGAUCCUGGUAAAUUGGGCUGUGUUGCUACAUUUAGGAAUAAAUAGUUGAUUCUGAGAAUUUUUGCAACAUUUUUAAUCUUAUUUUUUAUUUUUUAACCACUGUUUAGUGAAUACACCCCACGAUGUUAUGUUCUGUUAUGUUAAAAU